AUGAAAAAGAAGACUACCCGGAUCAGGGGAAAACCAGUAGCUGUGAAUACAAAGAAGAAACAGCUUUGGCAUAAGGAUCCAUUGUUCAUCAAUGUGAUAUCGCAAAUCCAAAAUAACUUAUCUACCAUAAUAUCUUCAAAAGAAUACCAAGAUUAUCAGCAGCAACAAGGGAAAGAAAGAAGCAGUGUGAUAAAGGAUACGAAUUCAGUUUUCGAUGAUGAAAAAAUUGUUGUGCUAGCCGAUAAGAUUCUUAAUAAUAUUAGCAAAUUCAACAAAUCAUUGAGUUCGCUGUUAAAGAAAUCCAAAGCGUUUGUUACUCGGAAGUUGAUCAGAAAACUUAAAGAAGCUCGCGAAAAUUUGAAUAAAAUAUCCGUUGACAAAGAUGAAGAUAGGGAAGGUGCUGAGAAAUUGGUUAUGCAUCUUUCUCAUCAGUUGGAAAUUAUCAAACUAAUUAAAAGAUCAGAAUUGGCAAUAACCCAUCUUAAGCAAAGGAUAACAAAAAACAAUAUCCUAAGAUCGCAUCCUCUGAUAAAGAAACUUUACCUUGAAAUUUUUCCACCACAAUCAUCGCCACCUCAUCCAUCCGAUAAAUUGUCUGAAUCCAUUUCUCCAGAAGAUGGAUACAAAUUACUAAAAGAAUUAGAAGUUCAAAUGGUUAAUCAAAAACAGGCACGGUCAGAAUUCGAAAAGUGUGUGGAUGCGUUGGUGAAAUUGAUACAAGAAAAGUAUGAUGAGGAGGAGCAGGAAGAAAAAAAGGCUCAUGAAAAGCCCAAAUCAGCAUCAAAAGACGUGUUUGGAGAUAAGGAAAAAUCCAAUCGAUCAUACAUCAAUAAUGAUCCAAUUCCAUCGAUAACAAAUAAAAAGAAAAUCAUCAAAUCCGAAAUGAAGGACUCAAAACCCAAAGUUACAACUCAUUCAUCAUUGUUUUUACCCUCAUUGGCAGACGUAUCUUUGUCUUCAGAAACUUCUGACGUUGAUGAUGACGAUAGAAUUGAUGAUUAUUGGUCAGAUCCAGAUUUUUAUAAAUUUUAUGGUGGAGGAGCAGGAGGAAAUAAACAAAAAAAAAAUCGGAUGGGACAACGGGCGAGAAGGCUGUUAUGGGAAAAGAAGUAUGGUGGAAAGGCAAAUCACUUGAUCACAUCAAAGAAGGAUGAAAAAACACGAAAACUACCUGCCUUGGAUAAGAAUCAAAGUCAACGAGGAAAAGAUGACACGAUUGACAAUAAUGCUCAAAAAUCUAACCGAUCUCACAAACACGGUCCAGAUAGUGAACCUGAACUUCAUCCAUCUUGGAUGGCGAAAAAACGUCAAAACGAAAAGAUGAAUAAUCUUAA